CGUGGGGCUGGUGACGCCAUCUCAGCGCGCCCGGGCGGCGCGGCGCGGCCAUGGCGCUGUUCUGCAUCAACAGAUACGCCGGUGAGGAAGAGAGCGAGAGGGAGGAUCGGUCCCGGGUGCUGCUGGAGCGGCUGCGAGAGCAGGCGAGAGCCCGGCAGCUGAAGAAGCAACAGCAGCAGGAAGCGCUUCUGCCUCCCGAAGGGUUAAAGCAGGAAGGAAGAGAAAAUAAACUCGGUGAAAAUGUCAGAGCGAGGGACUCGGGGUUCAAUUCUGAGAAUGAAUCUAGGGGAGCAAAAAGAAAGAGGAAAGGGGAGAGUGAAGAGGAUUCCUGUGCCGAAGGACAAAAGCUAAAGAGACACCAGAGUUGCAGCCCUUCUGGAGAAAGGGUGGAUACUGGGGAGGCAGCAGGUGGCUGUACUCCAUCGAAGAAGAAGAGAAAAAAGAAUAGAAAAAAAGCAAACGUGUCGCAAGAGAGGACUGAAGCGGAUUCUCAAGAAGUCACUGUGCAGCCAAAGAACAGAAAUAACCUUAGAAAUAAAUUGGAUAAAAGAAAGAAGAAGGAUGAGGAGACUGAAGGAGUUGAAACAAGGAGAAAAGAGAACAGUGAAAAAGCUGAAGAAAAUCAAAGCAGAAAGGAGGAGCUGUCCAUAGCAGCCUUCGAGGAAGAGACAAAUCUACCACCAUCUAGUUUGGUAGUUCUUGGAGACUAUGACAGAAAGCCAGUGCAGAAGGUUCAGCCCUUCUUACCACAGUGGCUUGCUCAACCCAAACUUGUGCAAAAACGUAUCAAAGAAAAUCUAGUUCCAAUCAGAGAUGUCCCAGGAAUUCAUCCCAAGCUGUUGAAGAAGCUACAAAAGAAUGGAAUAGAGUCUUUUUUUCCAGUUCAGGCAGAGGUGAUCCCUGCUAUUCUACAGAGUGCAUCCAAUGGGUAUUUGAUGGGGCAGGGAGGAUACCGCCCCAAAGACAUUUGCGUGUCAGCACCUACUGGCAGUGGUAAAACCCUGUCUUUUGUCAUACCUAUAGUACAGGCUCUGCUAGAUCGAGUAGUUUGCCAAGUACGAGCUCUGGUUGUUCUGCCCACAAAAGAAUUGGCACAACAGGUGAGUAAAGUAUUCAACAUUUACACUGACGGUACAGGUCUGAAGGUCGUUUCGAUUACUGGCCAGAAAUCUUUUGCAAAGGAGCAGGAAAUGCUUGUCCAGAAAAAAGUAACAGGCUACUGCAGCCUGGCUGAUAUUAUUGUGGCUACACCUGGGCGCCUUGCAGAUCACAUUAGCCAGACCCCAGGGUUCAGCCUGACACAGCUUCGCUUCCUGAUCAUAGAUGAAGCUGACCGUAUGAUUGAUGACAUGCACCAGAACUGGCUGAACCAAGUUGUCAAAGCUGCAUUCCAAGCAGAAGAUGGUUCUGGCUCCAAUAUGCUUUUUCAGAGGACCAAGCCAGGGCCUAUAACAGCAGCCAACUCCUGCCAUCCACAGAUACCCUUACAGAAGCUGCUAUUUUCAGCCACACUAACCCAGGACCCAGAGAAAUUGCAGCAGCUGGGCUUAUUCCAGCCUCGCCUCUUCACAUCUGUCUAUUCUGAGAAAAAAUUGCUCAGAGAUGGAGCACAGACUGAACAGGAUACCGUUGAGAAAUACACACUCCCUGAGGAGCUGUCGCAAUGUUAUGUGCCUUGUGACCUGAAUUCCAAGCCUCUGCUCCUUUUGCACUUCAUGCUGAAAAUGAAAUUUACCCGGGUGUUGUGUUUUACCAACUCCAAGGAGGCUUCUCAUAGAUUGUUCCUGCUGAUUCAAGCCUUUGGUGGAGUCACUGUGGCUGAAUUUUCUUCCCGGUUGCCUCCAAAUGAGAGACAUAGAACCAUGAAGGAAUUUGAACAAGGAAAAAUACAACUGUUAAUCAGCACAGAUGCCACUGCUCGAGGAAUCGACAUCAAAGGAGUAAAUUGUGUGAUAAACUAUGAUACGCCUCAGUUCAUCAGGACAUAUAUUCACCGAGUUGGAAGAACGGCUCGUGCAGGAAAAGCAGGCUUAGCUUUCAACAUGGUCCUUAGGAUUCAGGAACGUAGGUUUCUGCAGAUGUUGAAGGAUGCUGGCAUCACAGACAUAAAGCAGUACUUGGUGAAGGGCAAGUUAUUAAAGCCAUUGGUGCCCCAAUAUGAGGAAGCUCUGUCUAAGCUUGAGAAAAUGGUCAAGGAUGAACGAGCACAGAGACGAGCCUGAAUGAAUGCAAGCAGAGGAGGUCAUGUUCCGUAGCACCGAAGCUCAGCUGGAUAGGUCAUGGACUGUACUACACAGCACCAUACCAAUGAACCUAGGUCCUCAGCUGGAUAGUUGGCUCCUCAACUUUAUCACAUACUAAGUCUGCUGUUGAGGGCUUCAUUCUGUUUCAAGGUCAGGAGGAACAGAGUUCAAUUACUGGUUUUCAAAAAAAAAAAAAAAAAAAAUUUUGCCUUGAGGAGACUUCGAUAUUGUAUCCUACUGGCAUCUGUAAAACUUCCAUCGGUGAACGGAAGAGCCUUCUACAGUUCUUGAGCAUGGGCCUGAUGGAACUGCUGCUCUCCAACCGUGAGGACUGUGCCCUUCCUGCCUCUAAAGUAAAGUGGGACAACUAAUGUUUUUGCCUUGCUGCACAAGCAGCUGUAUCUGCAAAUGCAGAAAACCUAUACUGUACCUAUAGCAGACUACUAUUUGAAGAGCUUUUGUAGGCUGAAGUGACUGCAACUUUUAAAUAAAUGCUAUAUAUAAUUUUUUAAAACA